AUUAUAACUUGGCGAGUUACCGGCCACCCUUGGACCAUCCAUCCAUCCAUCUGAGUAGUAGCCCGCCCGUCACCCUCACCUUUUUACGAACCUUCCGCCAUCUUUCUCCUCCAGCCUCCCAGCCUCCCGACGACGGCCCCGUUUUGUUAGAGACAUCAAACUGCCAGUCUGUGGGGGACAUUGGAGACAUCACUCACCUAAUCACUUGCAGAUCGCCUACCGACAUUGUUACGCCCUCCACGCGUGCGCGCACUCUAAUUCGGACCCCGUGUGCCAAUUCCCAGCCAUCUUCCACCACCAAACCCAACCCUCGACAUUUUUUUCGCGAUUCCUUGUCCACCACCGCGAAUCCCCCCAUCGCAAACAAUAUCACCGAACUCCGACAUCGAAUCAACUGCAUCCUCGAACCUCGAAUACUGCAUAUCCCCUUUUCGGCGCAUUGGCAUAGUUCACGCAGUUCGUCCGCCCGGGCGCGGCAACAAGUUUAAUACGAUAAGCGACCACCAACGCUCGCCGAGCGACGACCACGAAUAAUGGCUUUCCUCUUCAAGAGCAAGAAGAACCAGGAGAAGGCCGCUGCGGCGACGAAGGCGGAUGAGAAGGGUUCGGUCGCGGGAUCACAGGCGUCGCUACAUGGCAAUGGGCGAGGAUCGAAGGAUGAGAAGGAUGGGUUGACCCUGAGCCAAACACCGACGCCGACAGGGAGUGUGAAUAAUUCGAUCAAUUCGUUCCAUGGCAAUGCGCCUAGUCCGGACCCCAAGGGACCCGUGAGGAGAGGAACUGGAGGUUUGGAGAAGUCGGAUUUGCCACUACGAAAUGCAACUGCGCCGGCUGUCCAGCCUGUAAAUUCAGCUCCGAAUACAGCGUUAUACCCUUGGACGUAUAGGAAAUUAACCUUCACGUCGUCGCAUCCGAGUCCGUUCCCUAGAUAUGGCGCGGCAGUUAACUCGGUGUCCUCGAAGGACGGUGACAUAUAUAUAAUGGGAGGCUUGAUCAACAGCUCGACUGUUAAGGGCGACUUAUGGUUGGUAGAAGGUGGAGGAGGAAAUAUGGCCUGCUACCCGCUGGCAACAACGGCAGAAGGACCAGGGCCAAGAGUUGGUCAUGCAAGUUUACUUGUGGGGAAUGCAUUCAUUGUCUACGGUGGUGAUACCAAGAUGGAUGACAGCGAUGUGUUGGAUGAGACCUUAUACCUUUUGAACACAUCUACACGUCAAUGGUCCAGAGCUGUGCCUGCCGGCCCAAGGCCUGCCGGACGAUAUGGACAUUCCUUGAACAUUGUCGGAUCAAAAAUCUACGUAUUUGGUGGUCAAGUGGAGGGUUACUUUAUGAAUGACCUGGUUGCAUUCGAUCUUAACCUACUUCAGGUACCGACCAACCGCUGGGAGAUGUUGAUCCAAAAUGAUGAGAUGGCAACUGAUGGAAGCAUCCCACCUCCGCGUACUAACCACUCCAUUGUCACAUGGAAUGAAUGUCUUUACCUAUUCGGUGGCACCAACGGCUUCCAGUGGUUCAACGAUGUUUGGUGCUACGACCCAGUACCAAACGCCUGGACCCAAUUAGACUGCAUAGGAUACAUCCCAGCACCUAGAGAAGGCCAUGCUGCGACAAUAGUAGACGAUGUCAUGUACGUUUUUGGAGGGCGCACUGAAGAGGGCGCAGAUCUUGGAGAUCUGGCAGCCUUCAGGAUAUCAAGUCGUCGUUGGUAUACUUUCCAGAAUAUGGGCCCAUCGCCGUCCGCUCGAUCCGGCCACAGCAUGACGGCGUAUGGAAAGCAGAUUGUUGUCCUCGGAGGAGAGCCUAGCACGGCAUCGCGAGAUGCGGCUGACUUGUCUGUGGUUUUCCUGCUCGAUACAUCUAAGAUCCGAUACCCCAACGACCAGAUGAUCCAGCAGACCCCAGCUGGGGAGCAGGUGGCUGGCCGCAGGCCGAGCGACGCAGAUAGGAGACUCAUGGGUUCGCGCGGCCCUGCGGAUGGCCCGCCUGAUAUGAAGAGACUCAAUGGAGCACCGGCACGUACAAGCGUUAUGGGACAACAGAAUAUGUAUGGUGGCCGGCCGAAUGGGCCUCCAGGAGUCGACGGAAUGGAUAUGGGCAGAGAUAGCCCAGGCCCUGGUUCGGCGCCUCUGCAAGGCCUAGGUAUAGGCUCAAAGCUACCUCGCGCAUCGCUGAUGCAGGCACCCGCUGGACCACCUCCUCAAGGAAUGGCUCCUAGUAGGCCCAACGGCGCACCGCAACAGGGAAACCCAUUCCGUGGCAAGCCGCCGCCUCAAAGUAGAGGCUUUGGCCCUGGUAUUGAUACUUCGAUGAGAAGCCAGUCGCAAGAGAGGAACGGACCGGGGAGUAGGGGGUUGUCUCUAUCUCCUCGUGAUAGUCCUACCAGCAACGGACAGCGCGGACUACCGAUAACUGCACCGAUUGUUGUUGCCAAGCAGGAGGUUGUCAGGCAGGAAAUCGCCGAGGCCCCACCUACAAAUAUGCAGCAAGCGUCUGUGGAGCUGCCUCGAUCAGGGUCAAAGUCUCGUCGUCCGCAGGGCUCGUUGGGGAGUAUCAACGAGGGGACUUUGAAGAGUGUCACCAACCGUACUGGUUCUCCGCCACCUCCUUCGAGGCAAGGAAGCAACGCGACAAAGAACAAAUCGGCAAGGAACUCCCAGACCGUCUCAUUACUCAACGAGCUUGAUAACCUUAGGAACCGCAAUGCCUGGAUGGCUUCGGAGCUCGAGCUCGCUAGAAAGUCGGGAUACACACCAGGUGGUACUCCAAGCUCAAUCCUUGACAACCGGAUCUCAACGUCAUUCUCUGAUGCCGAAAGGCCAUUGAUCGAGGCUCUGAUCGCCAUGCGGUCUGAACUGUCUUCAGUGCAAGGAUCUAUCGACCAGCAAGCAAUUAUUGCAGCUAAGAAGAUCGCUGAAGUAGAGAAGCAACGCGAUGCUGCUGUCAGUGAAGCAGUGUAUGCAAAGGCAAAACUUGCCGCCCACGGAGGUAGCCAAACCAGCACACCGCAACUGGACAAUGAUUCGAGAGAUACAAACUCGAUAUCUGGUGAUCGCUCAACCGAUGUCGCACGAAAGCUUGCACAAGCAUUAAGCGCGCAGUCGAACUUACAGAAGAAUAUCGACAGUCUGACUGCGGAAGUGGAAGCAGAGGCCAGUGGCCGCAAACUUGCAGAGGAGACUGCGAAUAUUGCCCAAGCUCGCAUCGCAGAGCUGGAGAGCUACAAGCAGAAGAAUUCCUCGGAGGUUGAGAGCUUGAAGGCUGAACUGCACCACGUCCAUAUGGAGGCCAGGGAACAGUCUAUCCUGUGUGCUGAGGCCGUCGCUAAGGCGAACCUCCUCCAGGUCGAUAGAGAGACCUUGGAGGGACAGCAUAACGAGCUACUUGGGACAUCAAAGGACCACAGUGAAACUUUCGGGUCUCUGAGGGCAGCUAUCGCCGCUGCGCACGACAUGAAGGAGCACCUCGAACGCAAGGUAGAGGAAGAGCGCAGCCAGCGCGAAGCUCUUGAGGACAAGCUACGCAACCUUCGCUCCGAGCACGAGGAGCGAACUUCCGAGCUCGAAACUGCAAGCCAGCGUCUGCGCGAUGCCGAGGAAAUUGCCGACAAGCAUGCAACGGAAGCACAAAGCCUUCGCCUAGCUGUUAUGUCUGGUCUCGACAAGGUGUCAACGAGGGAUAUGUCGAUGAGCCCAACUUCUGGAGGCGAGAAGGUCGCUACUCUCCAGGCCCAGGCUGAAGCGGCUAACGUCUUGGUGCGUAAGUACCAGACUGCUGCGGACAAUGCGUCGGAGAAACUCCGAAGUGCAGAGGAGCGCAUUGCUGGUCUUGAGGCGUACCAAGAGCAGGUCAGCCGUGAAGGCAUGAGUAUCCGCAAGCAGCUCCAGUCUACCAUGAAGGAAGUCCAGACUCUGCAGGCUGCCAACUCGGAGAUGAGGCACCAGAUUGCGAACCAGCAGCUCGAGACCAACGCUGUGCAUGUCCAACAUAACACCCUGAAGGACCUGCUCCAAGAGCGUGGUAUCAGCCCGAUAACUGCAGCAAGAGCUCGUGGCUUGAAUAGCCCGCAGAUGCGUUCAGACUCACCAGAGCAAAGCCGUCUGCGUGAACUUGAGCAGCAGCUUCUGACGUCGCAGCAAUCCCAUGAAGAGACAAAGCAACUCCAUGCUUCGCAGUCACAGGAGGUUGAGAGCACAUACCGCGAGAAGCUCGCUCAGCUCGAGAACGACUACCAGUCCGCCGUCCACUACGUGAAGGGCACCGAGAAGAUGCUCAAGCGCAUGAAGGACGAGCUCUCCAAACUGAAGGGCGAGAAUGGCCGCCUUAAGGCCGAAGUGGAGGGAGCGAGAUCCAAGGCCGCCGACUCCGCCGAGCCAACCGAGUGGGAACAAGAAAAAGAGGCUCUCCGCCAACAAAUCUCGAACCUCCAAGCCGAGAUCCAAACCUCGCGCUCCGAAAUGGAAAACCAGCUCUCCGACGUCCGCAAGGAACUCGAGUCCACCAAAGCAGACCGCUUACGCCUCACCGAGGCCCACGACGAGGCGAAACGCCAAAUCACCACCUCGUCCGAGCAAGCGCGUCUCGACCUCGACCAGCUGCAGCAGGAGAACGCGAAUCUCGAGAGGCGCGCCCUAGACGCCGAGCAGAAGGUCUCUCUGCUGCUUGACCAGGUCGAGUCCUCCGUCGACAACUACCGUCGACAGUCCCACCUCAGCGAUGCUGUCGCCGGCAGCGCCAAAGCGGGAGGCGGACACACCCGCAACCUCAGCGACAUCGACAGCGUCUCCGGCGAGUCACUAUACAGCGACACGACGGAGCGCGCCAACGACCGCAACUCCAUGGCCCUCGACAGCCUGGCAUCCGAGCUCGAGACCCUGCGCACGCACUGGGAGACGACGAGUAAGAACUACCGCCAGUCCACGAACUUUGACCUCGAGAGGCCCGAUGGCGACGACGACGGACAGAGCGGCGGCCAGGAACAGCAUGGCCUGAGCAAUAGUCUGGCGGAUUGGAGGAAGAGGCUCGAUUCGGCGGAGGCGGAGACGAGGGUUAGGAAGGGGAGCGCGGAUGAGUUGUCCCCGACGACGGCGGGGGGGGUGAAGGGGAAUGUGUUUUGAGCGGCGAAAGGGGGGGAUGACUGAUAUGAUGUUUACGUUUACCACGCACGCAUACCUCUUGCCAUGAAAAUCGAGCUGCUGCUGCGCGCACUACUGCCUUGUUUGUAUAUUGAAGAUAUUUGAACCCCGCUCUCCCGUGUUUGAGGGAGGGGAGGGGGAAUGAUGGGGGGUAGGGAUAAAAUGGGAGAGACGACUGUUCGAGUUUUUGUUCGAGAUUUUCCGAUUAUAUCCGGCGUCAUGAUCUGUUUCUGUCUUGCUUUUUCCUUUUUUUUGUUAUUUGCUAUUUGUUGUUAUCCUUUCGUAUCUCUUUUUUCUGUUCGAUAUGCUUUGAUCUAACGCCAACAACUGCACAUUACCCCCCCGUCUCGCACCCCCAUCAAGGGGCGAACGAACACAGCGUAACGGAGCUUGUUUUGAGGUUUAUUUGAUCGAUCGGGUUUCUAUAUUCUGUUUUGUGGAGGUCGGAGAGAAGGGGGAUAUGUCCUUUGCUAUAUAGCUAUGGCUGAUUGAAACUGGGACUUGAAUUCAAAGAAGAGAGAGGGGGAGGAGGAGGAAGGAGAAGGGGGAGAGGGAAGAGGGAGAGGAGGGAUGAAAUGUACCAUACAAACCACAACAGCACACAUCAAGGGAUGCAUGCAUGCGAAGAAAGACCCAAUGAAUGGAUUUGGACAGACGCGUAUGACCACUUGCCGCGAGGUAGAGAUUUUUUAUUGGGAGGGGAGUGAAUUGAAUUGGGU